GGUACCACAUGGACGCGCUCUUCGAGCAACUCUCCGCCGUCGCCGACAUGGCUCUCGACCUCGACGGCCGGGGCUUCGACCCAGAACAGCUCGCCGGCGUCCUCGCGCUCUUCGAGGGCGAGGCGCACGCCUCGUGGGCGGCGGCCGAGGCGGAGUACGAGGCGGUGGCCCGCGGCACCGAGGCGGCCGUGGCGACCGCUCAGGGCCACCUGAACGCCGUCAUGGGCGCGGCCGUCGGCAAGUACCGCGGCUCAGCCGGCGAGGCCGACGCGCUGUCCGCGGCCAUGGCGGCGAUGGAUACGGCCUUCAAGGCAACGUCCGGGACACAUCCCUCCUCACGCCCGUGAGAUCGAGCGGGAAAGAUCUGUGCGCGCACGCACCGCAAGACCGGUCGAUAUGCUCCAUGAGCAUGUACGUAUGUGCCUGGCUGCAUGGCUGGUCUAUGAGACUAUGACUAUGAUGAUGUACUCGUAUGGAAACCAGAGCACCUGUGUUUGUUGACCUCGUGUUCAUGGCUGUGCGCAUCGGCAUGUGUGGUGUCAUUUCCGAACGGAUGCACACGGUCC